AUGGCCAUGCCCAGCUCCCUUUUGUGGGCUGUUGACAUUUUUGGGAGGGUUUACACUCUGUCUACUGUUGGCCAGUACUGGGAGCUGUGUAAGGACACACAGCUGGAAUUCAAACGGGUCUCUGCUGUCAAACAGUGCUGCUGGGGAAUAGCCUGUGAUCACCAAGUGUACACCUACGUGUUCUCAGGUGAUGUUCCUAUUAGAUACCAGGAAGAAACCUAUGAGAAUCAGCGCUGGAAUCCAGUUGGUGGCUUUUGUGAGAAACUGCUGCCCAGCGACCGCUGGCAGUGGAGUGAUGUGAGCGGGCUGAAACAUCAGCAGCUUGAUAGUUUCACACUGCCUUCACCACACUGGGAGUGGGAGUCUGACUGGUAUGUGGAUGAAAAUAUUGGAGGGGAACCAACAGAGAAAGGGGGCUGGACUUAUGCCAUAGACUUCCCCAGCACCUACACAAAGGAUAAGAGAUGGAAUUCUUGUGUCAGACGCAGGAGGUGGAUCAGAUACAGGAGAUACAAAUCACGGGAUGUCUGGGCAAAGAUCGUAUCCAGUGAUGACCCAGAGCAGUUGCCAGACCCUUUCAAUGACAUCUCCAUCGGAGGUUGGGAAAUCACGGAUGAGCCUCUUGGCCGUUUGUCAGUGUGGGCAGUUUCUUUACAAGGAAGGGUAUGGUACAGAGAAAAUGUCUGCCACCACAAUCCAGAAGGUUCCACGUGGUCCUUAAUCACCACUCCUGGUGAAGUUGUACAGAUCAGCUGUGGACCCUAUGACCUCCUUUGGGCAACUCUUUGGGAAGGGCAAGCUAUUGUGAGAGAAGGAAUUGAUAGGAAUAAUCCUCAAGGAAUUUCCUGGAGUAUUGUGGAGUCUCCAAGCUCUGAAAAUGGGAUUAUGCACGUCUCUGUGGGGGUUGACGUGGUGUGGUGUGUUACAAAGGAUAGAAAAGUGUGGUUUAGAAGAGGAGUGAACUCACAUAAUCCUUGUGGGACAAGCUGGAUUGAAAUGGUCGGAGAAAUGAUGAUGGUAACUGUAGGCUUAAAUAACCAGGUCUGGGGAAUUGGCUGCGAUGACAGAGCCAUUUAUUUUCGUCAAGGUGUCACACCAAGUGAGCUCAGUGGGAAGACAUGGAAGGCAAUUGUGUCUGGCCGAGAGAGUGACAGAUCUCAGACUGGGAGCUCAACAAGUCUGCUCAGUGCUGGCUGUUUCUUUACUGAUGAUAUUCAGAACCAAACAAACGCAAUCAUUCAGGGUGAUGCAGAUACUUCCUCUGAUACAGAGCUUUCAAGUGUACCUGUGAAUCCUGCCAGCACUCCCCUGAUGGGAGCUGCAGCCAGCAGCAGUGGGAACAGCACAGACAGCCAGACAGCAGAAAUACCUGCAAAUCCAUCUCUGGAUCCACUGGACUCUGAUCAAGGAGAAGCCACUGUCGCUUCAGCAACUAAUGAGAAAGCUAAUCUUGAAGUGCAUAAAUCUUCUGCAAACCCAAAUCCUUCUGCAGAGCUGCAGUGGACAAACAUUGACUUGAAGGAGGCCCAGAAGCAUCCAGUGCUCUCUGUCAGCACCUUUGCAGACACAUCCAGCCUGUCCUCCCUCGGCGUGUUCUCGGUGGGAGCCGACGACCAGUAUGGAACCGACGAGCACCCGCUGUGGGCCUGGGUGUCUGGGGGAGGUUGUCUGGUAGAUCUGCACAGCCCACUGAAAUGGUUCACUGCUUCAUCAGGUUUGUCAUCAUCCGUGCAGUCUCUGUCCCUGUCUAUCACUCCAGCACAGACAGCAGCAUGGAGAAAGCAGAUUUUUCAGCAGCUCAGUGAAAGGACAAAGAGGGAACUGGAGAAUUUUAGGCACUAUGAGCAGGCUAUUGAGCAGUCAGUCUGGGUUAAAACUGGAGCCUUGCAAUGGUGGAGGAAUUGGAAGCCUCAUAAAUGGAUGGAUGUUCGAGUGGCACUCGAGCAGUUCACUGGGAGUGAUGGAAUGCGCGACAGCAUCCUGUUCAUCUACUACAUGUAUCACGAGGAGAAAAAGUACAUCCACGUGUUCCUGAAUGAAGUGACUAUUAUAGUUGAAGUGCUGAAUGAAGCCAAACACUCCUUUGCACUGUAUACACCUGAGAGGACAAAGCAGCGAUGGCCAAUCCGUCUGGCAGCCACCACAGAGCAAGAAAUGCAUGACUGGCUGUCCUUGCUGAACAUGUCCUGCUGUGAAAGCAGACGGAUUCAAGGACCUCCUUCUCACCAUGCCAUUUGGUCAGUCACUUGUAAAGGAGACAUCUUUGUCAGUGAGCCAAGUCCUGAGCUGGAGGCUGGACCACAGCUGAUGUCCUGUGAUCAAAUGUUUUGGCGUCAGGUUGGAGGUCAUCUGCGGCUGAUAGAGUGCAACAGCCGAGGUGUGGUGUGGGGCAUCGGCUACGAUCACACGGCUUGGGUUUAUACUGGUGGAUAUGGAGGUGGAUUCAAUCAAGGACUGGCCAGUAGUGCUGACAACAUCUACACCCAGUCAGAUGUGAAAUGUGUUUACAUCUACGAGAACCAGCGGUGGAACCCAGUCACUGGCUACAGCAGCAGAGGUCUGCCCACAGACAGAUACAUGUGGAGUGAUGUGUCUGAUUGGUACAUUGACUUCAACACGUCGGGUGGGACGGACCGGGAGGGCUGGCAGUAUGCAGCAGACUUCCCAGCGUCCUACCAUGGUCACAAGACAAUGAAAGAUUUUGUCCGACGGAGGCGCUGGGCAAGAAAAUGUAAGAUAGUCACCAACGGGCCAUGGCUGGAAGUGCCUCCUGUGACCCUGUGGGACAUCUCCAUAAUUCCCAGUUCAGCUGCAGAUGAUGAAGAAACAGUAGCCCUGUGGGCAAUCAGUGACAAAGGAGACGUGCUCUGCAGGCUUGGAGUGACACAGCAAAACCCAGCUGGGACGUCCUGGCUGCAUGUGGGAACAGACCAGCCCUUCAUUUCCAUCUCCAUUGGAGCCUUUUACCAAGUGUGGGCUAUUGCUAGAGACGGUUCUGCCUUCUAUCGCGGCUCAGUGUCUCCAAAUAAACCUGCAGGUGACUGUUGGUACCAUAUUCCUUCACCUCAAAAACAAAAGUUAAAGCAAGUCUCAGUAGGACGAACGUCUGUGUUUGUCUUGGAUACAAAUGGCAAUCUUUGGUACCGGCAGGGCAUCACCCCGAGCUACCCUCAGGGAUCUACUUGGGAUCCUGUGUCAAAUAACAUCCGGAAAAUGUCUAUAGGGCCCCUGGACCAGGUCUGGGUGAUAGCUGACAAAGUGCAGGGAAGUCACAGCCUGAGCUGUGGGACAGUCUGCCAUCGCACUGGGGUGCAGCCAAUGGAGCCCAAAGGCCUCUCAUGGGACUAUGGGAUUGGGGGUGGGUGGGAGCACAUCACAGUCAGAGGAAAUGCAACAGAAGCAUCUCGGGUGGCUGUGCAGGACACCUCUGAGGAAAACCUUGCAGUGUCAAAGGAUGGAGAAGAUGAGGAGAGUAAAGGGAAAACAGAACACUUUAAAACCCCUCUGAUGGUCAGUGAAAGUCAAGAAUUGGACAGAAACUCUGUUAAUUGUUAA